CUGAUGGAGAACAGUACAGAAGUGACGCACUUUCUUCUGGUGGGACUCACUGAUGACCCAGGCCUACAGUUUCCCCUCUUCGUGACAUUUCUCCUCAUCUACACCAUCACCCUGGUGGGAAAUCUGGGAAUGAUCCUGCUGGUUGUCCGGGAUUCCCGUCUCCACACACCCAUGUACUUUUUUUUAGGUAAUCUGUCCUGGGUUGAUUUUUGUUACUCCUCAGCAGUCACACCCACAGUCAUGACUGGGCUACUAAUAGGAGACAAAAUCAUUUCCUAUAAUAAUUGUGUUGCUCAGAUGUUCUUUUUUGCUGGCUUUGCUACUGUGGAAAAUUAUCUUCUGGCCUCAAUGGCCUAUGAUCGCUAUGCAGCAGUGUGUAAACCACUACAUUAUUCUUCUACCAUGACUACCAGCGUAUGUACAAGUCUUUUGAUAGUUUCCUAUGCUUGUGGUUUUCUGAAUGCCUCCAUCCACAUUGGGGACACUUUCAGUCUUUCCUUCUGUAGGUCUAAUGUAGUUCAUCACUUUUUCUGUGAUGUUCCAGCUGUCAUGGUUCUCUCUUGCUCUGAUAGACAUGUUAGUGAGCUAGUUCUUGUUUAUGUAGUGAGCUUCAAUAUCUUUGUUGCCCUCUCUGUUAUUUGGAUAUCCUACAUAUUCAUUUUUAUCACAAUCUUUAAAAUGAAAUCAAGUGCUGGAUAUAGAAAGGCUAUAUCCACUUGUGCCUCACAUUUCACUGCAGUGUCCAUUUUCUAUGGGACAAUCAUAUUCAUGUACUUGCAGCCCACUUCCAGUCAUUCCAUGGACACUGACAAAAUUGCAUCUGUGUUCUACACCAUGAUCAUCCCUAUGCUGAACCCUCUGGUUUAUGGUCUGAGGAACAAGGAAGUUAAGAGUGCAUUCACAAAAAUAUUUCAAGUGGCAAAAUAG